AUGGGAGCCAGCGACUUGACCGUUGCUGUCACAAGGUUGAAGAGGGAAGAUUGCAAGCGCACCAAACACGACUCUCACUUCUCCAAUUGGAAGAUUCUGGUUGGUCCUUCGGAUUGGGAAGACUAUUCACUGGGAAAAGAAGGGGCUGAAAGGUACAGGGUUCAUAACCUCCCUGAAAAGGAGAGUCCAGGUGUCUAUGAACUUGGCAUCGCAGUCUUGCGUACUGGUUUAGGCCGUGAGAUUGGCAAGCUUGACCCAGACUAUAUAGUCCCAGUGUACCUUGGACAAGCUGAUAAUGUGAGGACACGACUUCAGCAAUAUGGUCGUUCAGGUGCUCAUUUGGGCAAUGGCUGCCCAACUGGUCAUCCUAGCGACCGUGUCCAAAAGGGGCCGGGAUUGUUUGCUGAGAUACUGUCAAGAGACUACCCCGUUGUGUACAGAUGGGCUCCUAUGGAAAACAAAAGUGUUGCGCUGAAAACAGAAACUCAGCUGCUUAACACAUUUGAUUAUGCAUGGAACACAAACAUUAAUGGGGCAAGACGCCCCGAUGAUGUCCUUAAAAAACUUAAGAUGGUAUCUUCAAGCACUACACGAUUUGUUAAUAUUGCCCAGAAGCUUGUGCCUUUCAGUCUGAAGAAAGUGGGUACUAGGAUUGAAUCAAGCGAAUUGCUUUCACCAGAGGAUAAGUUUGGUGCUUAUGCUAAUAGGGAGAGCCACAAUCCCCUUUCUCGAGUUUUCAAGCUUGGCAGAUCACAGCCUAGGUUAGUUUUGGAUAGAAUUGGCAUUACUCAGGAGAAUACUAUAAUUUGUGGGGUGGAUGUAGGUGAUGGCUCCGUUUGCAGAACGCCACCAGUUCCAGGAAGAAAGCGGUGUGCUAAACACAAAGGGAUGAGGAUUAAUAGAUCAACUAGAGUUGGGAUAUCAAAUAGCACCGUUGACUCAGAAUCAGAAUGCAGUGCUAUUAGCAGCAUAGAGUUUCAUGAUGCUCAAAUUAUUAACCGUGAUCCAGUAGAGAGCUUCACUUCCAUUUGUGGAUUCAUCUUGGCUGAUGGCUCCGUUUGCAGAACGCCACCAGUUCCAGGAAGAAAGAGGUGUGCUAAACACAAGGGGAUGAGGAUUAAUAGGUCAACUAGAGUUGGGAUAUCAAAUAGCACCGUUGACUCAGAAUCAGAAUGCAGUGCUGUUAGCAGCAUAGAGUUUCAUGAUGCUCAAAUUAUUAUCCGUGAUCCAGUAGAGAGCUUCACUUCCAUUUGUGGAUUCAUCUUGGCUGAUGGCUCUUCUUGCAGAAGGCAUCCGAUUCAAGGGAGGAAAAGAUGUGAUGAGCAUAAAGGGAAAAGAAUAAUCUAA